UCAACAAGUUGCAACCAACUGGGAUUUUUAAAUGAGCAGUCCGAAAUCACAAACGAUUUUCCCAAUUGGUCGUGUUCAAUUGGUUCCAAUUGGCAAUGCUCAAUUGGGUUUCGACAAUCGUAACUAAUAGAGAUUUUUUCAAUGAGGAGUCCGAAAUCACAAACAUUUUUCCCAUUGGUUCCAAUUGUCGGAAACCAAUUGGACGCAGUGGACAUUUUUAACUGGGCUCUCUUCCACCCACAUUCUUACCCGAUCUCACAUCCCACCUUCCAUCCCUUAUUCCUGGGAGAGCUGGACCCUUCCACCCCAGGAACUCCGCCCGACCCUGUGGCCAUUGCUGGUGGCCCACAUCAAGCACAUGAGAGAAUCCUGUCAACCGGACCCAGCACCAAAGCCAGGGGUCCAGCCGGGCUCCGUAGACCCAUCAUCAUCAAUGAACAAGCGCAACGCAUCGAGAGAGAGAAGAAGGAAGAAGCUUGGGAAAGGCGCACCCUGAGCAAGGCAGCCAUGUCGUGCAAGAAGGACGAGGAGCUGAGCGAGCGGGAGGUCACCCAGCUGCGAGAGGUCUUCUCGAAGUUCGACAAGAACCGUCGGGGCACGGUGCCCUUCGUGCACAUCGACGAGAUCAUCCGCACCGUGGGCAGGCUGGUCGUCGACGCCAAGUUCAAGGAAAGUAUCAAGAACCCCAGUGCCGAUGACGCCGAGAGGAGGGUCCAGUUCCCCGAGUUCAUGGGCAUGGUGACGUCGUACACGCGGCCCAUCGAGCCGGCGUCGGACCUCCGGGAAGCGUUCCGGGUGUUCGACCGCGAAGGCCACGGCUUCAUCACGACGGCUGAACUGCGGCACGUGGUCACCACGCUGGGCGAGCGGAUGACCGACGAGGAGGCCGACGAGCUCAUCAAGGAGGCCGACGUGACCAGCGAGGGACACAUCGACUAUGAGGAGUUCAUCAAGACCAUCAGCCUGCCCAGGGAGCGCCAAGACUCUUCCAAGCGCCAGGACUCUUCCAAGAGCCAGGACUCUGCCUAA